GCGGGGCGAUGCUGACCAAGUUCGAGACCAAGAGCAACCGGGUCAAGGGCCUCAGCUUCCACCCGCGGCGGCCAUGGAUCCUCGCCAGCCUACACAGCGGGGUCAUCCAGAUGUGGGACUACCGCAUGGGCACCCUCCUCGACCGCUUCGACGAGCACGACGGGCCCGUCCGCGGCGUCCACUUCCACGCCACCCAGCCGCUCUUCGUCUCCGGAGGUGACGAUUACAAGAUCAAGGUGUGGAAUUACAAGACGCACCGCUGCUUGUUCACGCUUACUGGCCACCUCGACUACAUCCGUACCGUGCAAUUCCACCACGAGUACCCGUGGAUCGUGAGUGCCAGCGAUGACCAGACAAUCCGGAUCUGGAACUGGCAAUCGCGCACCUGCGUGGCUGUGCUGACCGGGCAUAACCACUAUGUCAUGUGCGCGUCUUUCCACCCCAAGGAGGACCUGGUCGUGUCCGCGUCGCUAGAUCAGACUGUUCGUGUCUGGGAUAUUGGCGCUCUGAGGAAGAAGACGGUGUCACCUGCUGAUGACAUCAUGCGUCUCACUCAGAUGAACACUGAUCUGUUUGGGGGUGUCGAUGCGGUUGUCAAGUAUGUCUUGGAAGGCCAUGACCGUGGUGUCAACUGGGCCUCAUUUCAUCCUUCUCUGCCGCUCAUUGUUUCUGGGGCAGAUGACCGGCAAGUGAAGCUGUGGAGAAUGAAUGAUACCAAGGCUUGGGAAGUCGAUACUCUGAGGGGGCACAUGAAUAAUGUGUCCUGUGUGAUGUUCCAUGCGAAGCAAGACAUCAUUGUGUCUAACUCAGAAGACAAAAGCAUCCGCAUCUGGGAUGCCACAAAGCGCACUGGUAUUCAGACAUUUAGGCGGGAACAUGACCGUUUCUGGAUUCUUGCUGCUCACCCUGAAAUGAAUCUUCUUGCUGCUGGGCAUGACAGUGGCAUGAUUGUGUUCAAAUUAGAGAGGGAGCGUCCAGCUUUCAGCGUCAGUGCUGAUACUGUAUUCUAUGUGAAGGACAGAUUCCUCCGGUUCUUUGAGUAUUCCACCCAGAAGGAAGUUCAGGUGGCUCCAAUAAGAAGACCAGGCUCAGUCAGCUUGAACCAGUCACCCAGGACACUAUCUUACAGUCCAACAGAAAAUGCUGUGUUGAUAUGCUCAGAUGUGGAUGGGGGAUCAUACGAUCUCUACAUCGUUCCUAAGGAUUCUACUGGCAGUUUGCAAGAUGCAAAGAAGGGAGCUGGUGGUUCAGCUGUUUUUGUGGCACGGAAUAGGUUUGCUGUCCUUGAGAAGAGUAGCAAUCAAGUUUUGGUGAAGAAUCUUAAGAAUGAAAUUGUGAAGAAAAGUCCUCUUCCUAUAGCGACUGAUGCAAUUUAUUAUGCCGGGACUGGUAAUUUGUUGUGCAAAGCUGAAGACCGUGUGACCAUCUUUGAUCUACAGCAAAGGCUAGUUCUUGGUGAACUCCAGGCAGCUGGUGUCAAGUAUGUUGUUUGGUCCACUGACAUGGAGUCUGUUGCAUUGCUGAGCAAGCAUGCAGUAGUUAUAGCUAGCAAGAAGCUUGUCCAUCGUUCCACACUGCAUGAAACCAUUCGUGUGAAAAGUGGUGCAUGGGAUGAGAAUGGUGUGUUUGUUUACUCUACACUGAACCAUAUCAAAUACUGUCUUCCCAAUGGAGACAGCGGGAUCAUAAAAACCCUUGAUGUUCCUAUUUACAUAACAAGGGUUAUUGGGAACAACAUUUUCUGUCUGGAUCGUGAUGGAAAGAACAAACUGAUAACAGUCGAUGCUUCAGAAUACAUUUUCAAGCUCGCCCUUCUCCGGAAACGUUAUGAUCAUGUUAUGAGUAUGAUUAAGAGCUCACAGCUGUGUGGACAGGCAGUAAUUUCAUAUUUACAACAGAAAGGGUUUCCAGAAGUUGCUCUCCACUUUGUGAAAGAUGAGAAGACAAGAUUUAAUCUAGCUCUUGAGAGUGGUAACAUCCAAAUUGCAGUUGCUUCUGCAAAAGAGAUUGAUGACAAAGAUCAUUGGUACAGGCUGGGAAUUGAGGCCCUGAGGCAGGGGAAUGUUGGUAUUGUGGAAUAUGCAUACCAGCGGACAAAGAAUUUUGAGAGGCUUGCUUUUCUGUAUCUCAUUACUGGUUUCAUGGACAAGGUUGGCUUCAUGUGCAAAAUUGCUGGACAGAAUAACAAUCUGAUGGGUCAGUUCCACAAUGCAUUGUAUCUCGGAGAUGCUAGGAAGCGAGCUGAGAUCCUGGAGAACGCUGGGCAGCUACCUCUUGCCUAUGCUACUGCUGCCACUCAUGGGCUCACUGAAAUUGCUGAUAGGCUUGCUGCUGAAUUGGGUGAGAAUGUUCCUUCUCUACCCGCAGGAAAAUCUCGCUCACUUUUGAUCCCCCCUGCACCUCUCAUAUCCAGUGUUGAUUGGCCAUUGCUCCGUGUGAUGCGUGGUACUUUUGAGGUUGGAUUGGAUGCUACUGGGAGAGCAGAAGUUGAGGAAGAUGAUGAUGCUGUUAUUGCUGACUGGGAUGAUGAGGACUUGAAUAUUGUGGAUGCAAGUGAUGCAGUGGCAAAUGAUGAUGGUUUUAAUGCUGAGGAGGGCGAAGCAAAUGAGGAGGAUGGCGAGGAUGGUGGCUGGGAUCUUGAAGAUCUGGAAUUACCACCUGAAGCAGAUACACCCAAAGCUGCAGGAAAUACUCGCUCCACCGUGUUUGUUGCUCCUACACCAGGCAUGCCUGUCAGCCAAAUUUGGACUCAGAAAUCUUCUCUUGCUGGCGAGCAUGCAGCAGCAGGAAACUUUGACACUGCCAUGAGGUUGCUUAGCCGCCAGUUGGGUAUCAAGAACUUUGCUCCCCUGAAGUCCUUGUUUCUCGAUCUCCAUAUGGGCAGUCAUUCAUAUCUUCGUGCACUUGCAACUGCCCCUGUUGUAUCAAUUGCUGUUGAGAAAGGUUGGAGCGAGUCUUCAAGUCCUAAUGUGAGGGGCCCUCCUGCCCUAGUUUUCUCCUUCUCACAAAUGGAAGACAGACUCAAGGCAGCCUACAAAGCCACAACUGAGGGAAAGUUCCCAGAAGCGCUGAGGCAAUUCCUCAGCAUCUUGCAUACCAUCCCUCUUAUUGUGGUGGACUCACGAAGAGAAGUCGAUGAAGUGAAGGAGCUGAUCGAGAUAGUGAGGGAGUAUGUUCUUGGUCUAAGAAUGGAACUCAAGAGAAAGGAACUGAAAGACAAUGUCAACCGGCAACAGGAAUUGGCGGCCUACUUCACUAACUGCAAGCUUCAGAGGGUUCACAUGAGACUUGUGCUCUCAAAUGCCAUGGCUCUGUGCUACAAGCAGAAGAACUUAGCGACCGCAGAGCAUUUCGCGAGGCUGCUUCUUGAGAACAGCCCGAACGAGGUCCAAGCAAAGAAGGCUAGGCAGGUCCAGCAGCAGUGCAGCGGCAAACGAGACAGCGCUGAGCUGAACUACGACUACAGAAAUCCAUUCGUGGUAUGCGGUUCUACAUACGUCCCCAUCUACCGUGGCCAGAAGGAUAUUUCCUGCCCAUACUGUGCAUCCCGGUUUGUUCCUUCAGUUGAAGGGCAGCUUUGUACCAUAUGCGAGCUGGCCGUGGUCGGCGCCGACGCCUCAGGCCUCCUGUGCUCCCCUACACAGCAGAGAUGAAACGGAACUAGUUAGAGCUCCCCUAUAUUCUUCCUAGUCUCGUAAAGUUCUGUCUUAUAUAUUACCAGGAGGUUUACUGAUUGUAAGGAAUAAGUAUUAUACAUGCUUUUGUUGAGUUUUCUUGUCUUUUAUCUCUCUCUCCAUAUCCCCCUUUUUUGUUUGCCUAGAGGAUGCUGUUACACCUGUUAAUGCUUAAAGGAAUGUUGAUCGACUCAUGCAAAUCUUUGCCCAUCCA